UUGAGUUGAAUGAAUCAAAAUCUCGUCAAAAUGUAGUUUUUGGAAUUUUCUCCUUGAGUGAAAAUGGAGCACUCACCUAUUACGGAAAAGGAGCGCUUUGAGUUGGAAUUGGAAUUGUUAGAGUCCUUUGCGAAUCCUAUGUAUAUACAUUAUUUGGCACAAAGUGGUCUACUGGACGAUCCAGCUUUCCAACGUUAUCUGCACUAUCUUCAAUAUUGGCAAAGAAAGCCUUAUGUAUAUUAUGUAGAAUUUCCUCACGCUCUGGCUUUUUUAAAACUUUUACAAGUAGAGUCUUUUCGUCAAGCCAUGAAAAGACAAGAAUUUGCACUGAUGGUGUAUCAACAACAGGUGUGUAGUGAAAUAACAUGUAACGGAAAAUAGCCAACUAUCAUUCUGUUUCUUCUUUUAGGGUCUUCAGUGGCAAUACUAUACAGAAUAAAAGUUCACGAUAAAAG